CCUCGUCGCCUACUAUAGUAUACACGCUCUCUCUGGUUCCUUUGUCGUGUUUGCUGGCCAUUCACUGCCCUGCCACCACUCACCCACUCGCACACACACGCUUCCCUUCGUUUCCCCUUCAACAGCCAGAGUCCACAUUCAACAUGGACCUCUACCGCGCCACCUUUGCCGGAUCCCUGCUGCUCAAUGCCUUUGCCUUCUACCACACGCACCGCUCGCGCAAGGCCGCCGCCGACGACCAUGCCCCCUCGGACAAGAAGGACGAGCAUGGCUACAUGGAGCCCGACAUGCUGGGCCUGGCCAGGCUGAAGAAGCGCUUCUUUCCCAUCUAUCUGCUCGUGAAUGCCGCCGACUGGCUUCAGGGCCCCUACAUAUAUCCCAUCUACAAAGACGAAAAGGGCCUCCCCGAAGAAACAGUGGCGUUUCUUUUCCUGACGGGCUUCAUCUCGGCGGGCAUCUCGGCAUCUUUUGUCGGCGCCCUCGCAGAUCGAUAUGGCCGCAGGACUGCCUGCCUCGGCUACUGCGCCCUGUACUCGCUGUCGUGUGCUACGCUCCUCAGCAACAACAUCUACCUCCUCUUCCUCGGCCGCAUCCUCGGCGGAGUCUGUGGAACCGUUCUCUGGAGCGUCUUCGAAAGCUGGCUGGUCGCCGAGUUCAACCAGCUCAUGCUGCAGGAUGGCGAGCCGCACUUGAGCAGCAUCUUCAGCACCAUGACCACGUCCAACACAUGCGCUGCCAUUGCCUCUGGCAUCUUUGCCGAAUGGGCCGUCAGCAAGACGGGCACGGCAAAGACGCCCUUCAUGGCGUCGAUUGGGUGCUUGGCCUUGUCGUUCCUGGCCAUCUCGACCUACUGGGGCGAAAACUAUGGAUCCAACAACCGCCGCGCGUCGGAGACCGAGGGCCUGCUCCAGCAGGAAGAGGCGACGCCAGCCCCGCCGUCGACGUCGGCUCUGCGCACCAUUCUCCGCGACCGCAACAUUAUGAUUCUCGCGCUGGUCUCGGGUUUCUUUGAGGGCUCGCUUUUCCUGUUUAUUUUCUUCAAGUUUCCGGCAUUGAAGCUGAGCCACCAGCUCUCGGGUUCAACCGACGAACUGCCGUUUGGCCUCAUCUUUGCCAUUCUCAUGUGCUCCAUGAUGCUCGGAUCUCUCCUUUACAAGCACGUUUCGACGUCAGCGGACCCCCUGCCCGCGCAAAAGAUGCUGACGGGCAUCCUUGCCGUUUCCUCACUCUGCUUCCUGAUUCCCGGGCACUUUCGCGACGAGCGCCUGACGCUCUGGUGCUUCUGCAUCUUUGAGCUGUGCUGCGGAGUCUACUAUCCCGCAAUGGGCUCGCUGAAAAGCAAGCUGAUUGAAGACGGGUCGCGCGCCAGCAUCUACGGCAUCCUGCGCAUUCCGCUCAACGUCUUUGUGGUGCUUGCGCUCAGCACGACCAAGGAGGGCGAGGCGCAUCGCGAUACCGUAUUUACCACAUGCAGCGUGCUGCUCGUAGUGGCAGCCAUUUUUGUCCACAAGACACUCGCAACAGCGGGACCCAAGAGGAGAGCGAGGCCGCCUAUCAGCUCGCGCCCCUCGCCGUGGCUCGUCUCUUGUCCCGUGUUUAGUUAG